UUACAUAUCUCAGUGCUUACCGUGAAUGAUGUUGAAAGAUGCAGGGGAGCAAGACUGCACCACUGAUACACAAGAAGUGACGGGAAGGUGAAGUGAAUGAUUGCAGGUGCAUGAAGCCUUCAAGUCCUGCCAGGAGAACCCAUGGAGUCAGACAUCAUGCCCUUGCACUCGUCAUCCCCUCCUCCUCUGGAUGAUGAUGAUGGGGAGGUGGGAUCAGAGGAAGACGAGUUUGGGGAGUUUGGUGGAUUCUCUGAUGGGGUGUCCUGCUCCCCUCCUGGCUUCGCUGAUUCUACUGAGCCACCGUCCCGCCUCAGACAGCCUUCACCAACCAUAAAAGCAGCCACCCGUCAACCCAACUGCAGCUUUAACCACCCAGCCGAACAAUCCCAGCCCACAUCCACUGGUAACUCAGGGUCCAGCAGGGGCCAGGUAGAAGCGGAAGGGCUGCAUAAUAACACUGAAUCAUCUUUUCAUCUCACAAACGGUUACGCAGAAAGAAACCACAACUCUGGGACCCACGCUGCUUCCAUAUCAGGUGCUUGCUCUCCGAAGGAGGAAACAGGGUUUGCUGAUUUCACUGUGUUUACAGAGCAGGCAGCACACCCUUGGUGCUGUGGCUUCUCUCCUAUGGGCAGUACAGAGCAGUGGGGUGGCGGAUUGGGAGGGACGAACAGUUUGGGUGAAAAACCCUGUGAUCCAGGACAAGGGAUUAUCAUGGACUCUGAGCCCAGAUCUCAUUGUGCAUAUAAGGCUAGAGAAAAUGGCUGCACCAAGGUCAAGCACUGUGAGAAAAGAGAUGCAGCCCUCGUGCAAUCAUCUCAGGACCACCGUCAGUCUCAGGAAGCUGCAACAGCUUUUGAUUAUCCAUCUCAUUCUGGGGAUGAGGAGCUAGGCAAGACAGCAGACAGCCAGAGGGAAAGGAGGCAUCAGUUAACUUCAGAGUUGCAGGAUUAUAGAGAGUCAGAGGAAGACGGAGAAGAUCGAGAGAACAGUGUUUCUACUGUCCCCCAAACAGUCAGUGAGUAUGAGUCUGCUGCAGAGGACCUGGGAUCCUUCUGUGAUGAUGUUUCAUUUGAGUGUCCUUCUGAGGACUUGGAGCCAAAUGUUUCAUCUCUUGCUUCACCGGAGGAUCAGACUGACUGGGACCAGACUGAUGUCGAAGAAGAAGAACUGGGAGACUACAGGCAUUCUCACUCUUUUGUCAAUCUCAGACCGUCACAGUCAGAAGCAGAGAAGGGUUUUCAUUACUGCGACCAAUCUGCGACUCAGGAAACUUCUGCUACCUCCAACCAGUCACGUGCAACGUAUACAGACGGUGAAUUUGCAGACUUCAAAGACGGCAGUUCCGAGCAUCAAAGUGAUAGUGAUCAUGCCCAAACAGUCGAUGCAGGGGUGCUGAGUCUAGGGAGCCUCCCGCCGAGUGACAGCUUUGCAGAUUUCUGCUCAGCACCCACACAGGAGGAUGGAGAUGGGUCAUGGGCGGAGUUCAAGGAGCAGAAGGCUCCUGAGGACGGGAAAACGUGGACACAGUUUAGAGAACAAGUCAGCAGCCUGCAGACAGAUGGAGACACUGAGGACAGGAUGGGACAAGACGAGGGUUUCAAGAGGAAGAGCUGUCAGGCUUCACUGUCCUGUCGUGUCCAGCAGCUCCUCCAGGCCAGUUUCCCAGAGGUUGUGGUCCCAGCUGUGGAGGGUGAGGAGGAGGUGUCCAGCCUCGGGGCUUUGCUUCAACCACAUCUCCCUGAGAGUGAUGGAGAGAAGAUACCAGAGCCGUGUCCCAGAGCUCAGUGGGCUCAGCUGGGUUUGCGGUGGCCUUACCAGGAUGUCCAUAGUGCGAUUGGCCUCAAGUUUCAGUGGGGUGGCUCCCAUACUAACAGGACUCUGCUCAGGUGCCUUGGUGUGGACACAAGGAACGUUGUGUUCAUUGGCAUGAAGAAGCAGCCAGUGGCUGUGCCUGCUUUUGCAUCCAGCCUGGGAAUGCUAGAGCCCACCAAAGACUCUGUGCCAGCUGUCUGUUCUCCAAGACACACAGUGGUCACAGCACAAGCACCUCCAGGGCCACCGGACAAACCGGACCCCUCAACAGAAUCAAUGCAGGAGGCGCUCCCUUCCAGGCAGCUGGACUGGAGCCGCCGUGGCCUUAGCAGCUCUCAGGACGGCUGCUGUGCUCUCAAUUUGGAUUAUUUUGGUCCCGAGGAGGAGAGCAGAUCCAGCAGCAGCCGAAGCGACACUCCUCCUCCAGGAGUUGACCGUGAGCUGUAUGAGUUGACCAUCAGCAAACUGGAAACCAGCGGUAACAGCAGCUGCCUAGAGGACACUUUAAAUCGCCUGUUGUCCACUGCAGAGAAGACCAGCACUUCAGUCAGGAAACCUCAGCAGGAUGAAGAGCUGAGUGCAGAGGCUGUCAGGCUGAUCUCUGGACUGCCUAACCUGUCUUUCAUGCAGGCCAAGGUCCUCAUGUUCCCGAGCAUCCUCGUACCCAAAGAAUGAAGUUAACCAACUUUAUCGCUUAUUGCAGCUAACACAUGAUUCAGAUACUCCACAGGUUUAUACAGAUACAAGAGGCAUUGUGAGUAAUACUGAGUUGAUCUUCCCCCUUCGGUCAAAAUACUCCACCUGCUGGCUGUUCUCUGUCUGUAGCCUGACAAUAAGCUUUUUGUCAGUAAAGUGGGAGAAUAUUCUCACAUACAACAGCUCAUAUAUCAAUUUCAACACACAAUAAUCUGAAAACUGCAGAGAAGCAGGACUUUGGCAUGCAUCCUCGCUUACAGGGUAUUACUCUCCUUGAAGUCGAGUGUUGUGGUUUAUUUAAACUGACCCAUACACACACACA